UUAUUUAAAUCAAAAUUUCAAAUUAAAUUAUUUUUAAUAUUAAAUUGUAAUCAUGCACCUAAUUCAUUUCACAGAAAUGACCGUUCACAAAGAAGAACUUGUGGAGAAGAAGGAAGAUGGAGAAGACAUCGUGCUGGAGAAGAUAUUCUCCAAGUUCCGUCCCCUAGGGCCGUACUACCUUCGGUUCAUGCCCCUGCUGAUAUUCGCGUGUAUGUCAAACGCUAUGUACUGUAUGAAUUAUGUGUUUGCCGUGGUCAUGGUUGAAUACCGAUGUAAAUACCCAGCAUGUGCAAACAGCACCUCGUGGUCACAGUUAGCACAGAACCUGACACAAGACACGUGCCAUGUGUACUCACUCACCGAAAAUAACGGCACGUGCUCGAUCGAUAGUCGCAAUGUGUCUAACUAUCAGGACUGCAAGGAAUGGACCUAUGAAGAUCCUCUAAGCUUCGUGGCUGAUUUUGAUCUUGGAUGUCAAGAUUGGAAGCGAGCUCUGGUUGGGACCGUCCACAGCAUCGGAUACAUGUUGGGCCUACUUAUACUGGGUCCGAUUUCUGAUAAGAUAGGCAGAAAGAAGCUGAUAAUAUUCACUGGAGUGACAGGAGCUGUGAUGGGACUCGCGAGGAGCGUCACGGUCUCCUACUGGACAUACAUAGCGUUUGAGCUGGUGGAGGCUCUGCUGGGAGAUAUAUACUCACCGAACUAUAUGUUAGGUGUGGAAAUGGUAGCCAAAGAGAACCGAGCUUUAUUCGCUCCACUGAUGAUCGGCACCAUGUCAGUUGGAGGCAUGGUCAUGGCUCUUAUCGCCUACCUCAUCCCCUACUGGAGGCAUUUCCUCAGGGUCAUAUACGGUCCAGCAUUACUCUUCCUCUUUUACGCCUUCUUCCUCGACGAGAGUGUCCGAUGGCUCCUCAUCAAGGGGAGAAAGAAAGAAGCCAAGAACAUCCUUCGAAAAGCAGCAAAACUUAGCAAUGUUUACUUGGAAGAAUCGACCCUGGACAAACUAGCCUGUGAAAACUGUGAGAAGACUAACACCAAUGUUAAUUUAAUAACAUUAUUGACAAUGACUUUCAAAUCGAAGAAACUCCUACUCAGAUUCCUUGCCUGUGCUUGUGCUUGGGUAACAGCAACAUUCAACAAAUAUGGAUUAUUAAUAAACUCGGUCAGUUUGGAAGGGAACAAGUACAUAAAUUAUGCGUUGACGUCAUUCGCUGAUUUGCCAGCCAGUGUGCUCCUGGUGUUUCUUUUGAUAAAAUUCAAAAGGAAAAAACCGUUGAUAUUUUCCUUUUUGAUGACUGGAUCGUUUUGUAUUAUCCAGUCUGUCAUACCAAAGGGCUACCCCGUACUAUCGACUUCGUUAUUCUUUGUGGGCAAGUUCACGUCAGCUUUAGCGAGCGGGACGGUGUACCUCUACACCACUGAGCUCUUCCCUACGUAUACUAGAAACACCAUGCAUGCAUUAUGCUCUUCGAUUGGAAGGAUUGGAUCCAUUCUCGCUCCGCAGACUACUUUGUUGUUACGAUACUGGUCGGGAUUUCCAUCGCUCAUCGUGGGCGGCUUAUCAUUGCUAACAGCCCUCGUGGUCACCGUCAUGCCAGAUACAGCAGAAGACGUGCUUCCAGAUACAGUGCAGCAAGCAGAAGCACUCGGCAACCAAACCACGAAAGACAAGAGUGCUACAAACCCGUUACUAUGAAGAUUAUUAUAAUUAUUGUUAUUACUAAGACUAGAUUGUUGAUCUCUUGUGAGUUGAGUUGCUAACUCAUUUCUAGUGUAAAAAAUAAUUAAGCUUGGAAGAUAUUUCCAUUCUUAGUAUUACUUUAUUUUAUAAGAUACAUUAAGUAAUUUUAAAUAAACACACUUUUGUUCGAUUUUAAUUUACCUUUACUGUCGAUAUCGUUUGUCAAUGCUGCCAACUUAAAGCAAAAUUGUUUUUAACUGAAAGCUGAAGUUACUUGCAGAUUAAUCUUAGAAAUAGGGACUGAAUAAUAAAAGAAAGAUCAAUAAAUAUUCGAUUUUUAAACGGUAACUUACUAAUUUAAUAACGGAGGCUAUUAUAUCGACAUGGAUUUAGACGCAAAGACAUAUAAGUUAAAUGCCUAUUUUUAUCCAAGGUUAGAGUUUGAAAAUAAUCUUUUCUUAACUUUGAAUGGCAAUUUAAAUACAAAUGAAGGUUUCGAUGAACCAACAGCAUUCGUUCCACUUUAUUCAGCCUUAUUCACAUAACAAGUGCUAGAGGUUGUCUCGAACUUAUUUAUUUUAUCGAUUGUUUUUAUCGAUACUAAGUAGGUACUACGGCCAGUCAGUAACCCGAAAAUAUCGAAGUAUUUAUUAAAAUAUGAAGUAUCACAAAACGUAUAACUUAUCUAUUUAAUGAUAUAGUUUUCCUCUGCUAUUCA